GGAAGUGGUCUGGGGUUAGGGAAGCGGCAUCAUGUCUGGCCGUGGAAAGCAAGGCGGGAAAGUGCGAGCCAAGGCCAAGUCUCGCUCCUCUCGUGCUGGGCUGCAGUUCCCAGUCGGGCGGGUGCAUCGGCUGCUGCGCAAAGGGAACUAUGCGGAGCGAGUUGGAGCUGGGGCUCCCGUGUAUCUGGCAGCGGUGAUGGAGUAUCUGACCGCUGAGAUACUGGAGCUGGCUGGUAACGCCGCCCGCGACAACAAGAAAACCCGCAUCAUCCCGCGGCACCUGCAGCUGGCUGUGCGCAACGACGAGGAGCUGAACAAGUUAUUGGGGGGAGUCACCAUCGCGCAGGGUGGGGUCCUGCCCAAUAUCCAGGCGGUGCUGCUGCCCAAGAAAACCGAGAGCCACAAAGCCAAGGGCAAGUGAGCGCGGAUACCAGUUCCCCAAAACCAAAGGCUCUUUUAAGAGCCACCCACAAUUUCAGAAAGAGCUGGGGAUCGCUCCAUGUGCUGCGGAAAGAGGAGGUGGGAGUGGCUAGAGAGAAUAUUUCUUUGUUCUCCUUGUUAUGCCCACCUAGCAUAGUUUUGGAAACCCUGUUCUGGUCUUGCACUAAUGAGAUCCCAGAACUACACACGUGGGUGAGUGGUUGUAGCUGCUGUGUCUCCUGGACCCCUUCCAUCCUAGAGUUUUCAAACAGACCAACCUACACCCAGGACUGAAAACAUUUCAAACUCCCCUAAAGGCAGUGCCUGGUUCAUUUGGGGUUAAACCCUUUUUUAUGCUCUGUUGUGCAGUUUUAUUAUUUUCAUCUGGGAUUGCUGUGCAGUGGUGCAAAUAAACAUCACACCCUGAAAACAUUGGACUAAGCUCUGUCCUAAAAGUGCACAGAAAAUAUAGUCAAGCUGAGGAAGGAACCAGGCAUCUGGGACUCAAGCUGUGUGUUUUAAGCCCUGGACCAAGGCUAUCUGCUAAAGAAAAGGUGUAAUUCACAACAGCUGUGGGUCUCCGCAUUGCAAGAAAUUUGAAUUAAAUUUGUUGCAAGUU